CGGGGCUGGUUUGUGCAGCAAGCGAUCCCGAGCGGGGACAAGGAGGAAGGCGGAGCGGAGUAGCAGUGGUAAGAGGCACUGGCCGCUGGUACAGCCAGCCCUCUCCACAGGCACAGUGGAGCUGCGAGCUUCCCCCCAGCUCUAUGAAUUGCAGCAGCAUGCUUGAGAUCUUAUCUCCAACAUCCACAAUGCCAAUUGACAUCGCUAUGCAGCUCUACCUUCCUCCUCCGUUCAAACAACUGAGCUACACACGAAAGAGAACACUGAAAGUAACCCAACCACUGCGGCCAUGCAUCCACCUUCACCUUGGUGAAGAUACAUCAGAUAAUAAGCACAGAACCAAGGAGCAGAAGCAUGUUUCCUUUGCCGACAGUAAGGGCUUGCCGUUGACUGCAGUUAAGUUCUUUGAUUUACACAGUUUAGAUUUUUCCUUCAAUAUUGAUGAGUUGAUCAGUAGUUUAGUAGACCUAAAGACAGCAGACAAAGACAACCUGCUCUUAGAUUUUGCACAGCCUUCGUCUGAUUUCCUGGAUUUCAAGAACCGCCUGGAAACUGAAUCUGUCUGUCUUGAGAAUUGCUUGUUACAGGAGGGUAUGAUUAUGGGGACUAUCAAGGUGAAAAAUAUUGCAUUUGAGAAGUCUUUGAAAGUAAGGAUAACAUUUGACACUUGGAAAACGUUCCAGGACCAUGACUGCUGCUAUGUGCACGAUCUUUACGGUGGCUCCGAUAGAGACACUUUUUCAUUUGAGAUCCGCUUGCAGGAAUACAUUGCCCCACAUGAAAGGAUAGAGUUUGCCAUCUGUUACGAAAGUGAUGGGAAGAUCUUUUGGGAUAGUAACAAAGGGCUAAACUACAGGUUAAUCCGAUCGGAGCUGACACACACUCCGGAGAUAGGAAAAACAAGUCAGUCACUGGAUGCUUUAUUGACUGAUUCUGACCAAAUGCCAGGGUACGGGAUUGAAUAUGAUCGCUAUGGUGGACUGAGGUGCUCCUAUGGCGUGUUCCCUGAAUGGCCUAGCUACACUGGUUACGACAAGAUGGGACCUUACUACUGAACAAAUUACUUAGGAAUGGAUGGUUUUAACUUUGUUUUUCAAUGUACAUCUGCUGGUUUAUAGUAGCCUCAAGCAUAGUGAAGCAGGUGCAGGUUAUAAACAACUACGUGGGGUUUACCAGCAUGUCAGAAUCUUGCUCAUUUACUAAAUCCGAUGUGUAAGUAUGCAAGCUCGUGUUGUAAAUCAGAAUACAAGUGCCUUCUAAAGGUCACAGAACAGUGCUCUUUACCAAGUACAUCAAGUGCCCAACUUCUGUAUUCCGUGCAGCAAGUUUUUAUAAAAUUUCCUGCAAGUUUUAUAAUUGUUCUGAGAUGAUGAACGAGCCGCUGAUGAAGCCACUCAAUCAGUUCCAAAAUAUCUCGGGCUCUCUGACUAUUCAACUGCGCCAAAGUAUUUCAUUGCAUUUCAUCAGCGCUUGGAAUGAACUUGUAGGUCAUGUAAUGAAGGCAUCAUGUCUGCAUCAGUAGGAGGUUGUGCUGGAGGUCACAACAAGCCACAUCCAGAUGAUCUUUCUCAAUUAUAUUCUUCACAAAAAAAAAGUUGGUCUGUUUAAUACAGAUACAGGUUUAGUGUUUGAGCAAAGAUCCUGUUAUCAUUGCUGUGAUUACGUAGACUUCUAUUUUUGUAAUUGUAAACCUUUGCAGAGCUGUGUUGAUUUGAUCAACAGACUUUUCCGCAAACCGGUUUGAUCAAUUUUAACUCUGGACUGAAAAGGUUGAACGCAUUCACAUUCAGUCAGCAGAAAUGGUGAAAACAGGUGAUUUUAUGUUAAUUAUUGCUCACUUUUACAUUAGUUUUCACAAAAGAAACUUGAACGUGACUUUUUUUAAAGUCUUGCACAUUAUCGCUGAGGAACUUGCAUGGAAAUGUUUUAUUGACUGCUGCUUCUGUGCAAUCCUAAUUAAUGGCUCAAAGUAAUUUGAGUUGAGAGUCACCCUCCUCCUCUGGAGUGGAACAUUUACCUGUAAAAUGUAUUGUGCACCAGUCACUGUUUUUGUGGUGAAUUAUGCUACUUGCCAAAACUGAACCCAUAUAACUGUGCCCGUAAAACAGAAUAAUUGUCAGUGAGCAGGAAUAGGCACUAUCAGUUGAUUAUCUGAAGGGACUGUUGACUAAGGUAGUAGUCAGGAUCUGUAGUUCUACACUUUCAUGCCUAAGUAACUACUUCCUAUCAUGUGUAGCAGAUAAGUAAACCUUUCUAUUUGGAUGGGCAUAAGGAUCAGCUAAAUUACAGGUCAAUUUUAUUAAGAGCAGUUUCUGGACAGGCACUCUCCAUGAUGAUCAUUCCCAGCCACGAGCACCCCAACAAGAAUCAGUGAUGGAGCUAGGAAAUUGCUGCCUUUGUCCUGUAAUGUUGUCAAAAAGUAAGCUGUCCAAGAGACAGCUUCUCGGGCAUUGAGUUGACAUUCAGCCUGCAGCAGAAUACUGAGCUCUCAUCUCCUGCACUUUAAUUCUCCAUUUCAGUCCCACUCAGACUUCCUCAUGUAACCACCCAUAAUAUUCAAUGCAGCACUGCAGAUGCCGGAAAUCUGAAGUUCUGAUGUUGGUGUUCUAAAAAAGAGGACACUGUUACUCUCUCCAGAGAUACUGCCUGACUUUUCCAGCAUUUUCUGUUUUUAUUGCAACCCAAGCUGAGCUGGAAUAUCAGCACUUUAUUUUCCGUGUGGCUUUAUUACAGACUCUUAUUCACCUCUACAAUGUUUCUACUGUGUCAAUAUACAACUAAAAUCAACUAAUCGUUUGUCUCCCUUAUUGCCCACUCCAGCCUUGCAAAAAAAGCUUUAGAUCCAGUUUUGAUGAAAGAUAGUGGAUUUGAACCAUUGCUAGCUCCACAGUUGUCUCCUGACAUGACUUGAGUAUUUCCGGCAUUUUCUGUUUUGAAAAACUUGUUUUAUUUUCCCAGCUUCUGCAACCUGAUGAAUGUAAUAUAAUUGAAGUACAAAUUACUGCAGUGUCUGUCCAUUAUGGUUCAAGGGGGUUCAUAUGGUGAUGGCCAUUGAGCACUUGUUAGCCAUACAAAGUUUGCCCAAUUUCCUCCACUGCCUAUUUACAGCACACAACCCUUCGCUAGGCAAAAUAAUCAUUCAGAUUCUAUUUUUAUAGUCUGGCAUUCUAGUAAGUUAGCUGGUGCUUUAAGGAAUAUCACGUUUUUCACACUUUUCUUUCUGAAAUUGCAAUAUUAUUUGCUUUGGCUAUGGAUUUCAGAAAUGAAGGCACAAAGGCCUUUUAAUCUUUCGCAGUGUUAAAUCAAAAUAUUAUUAAAUUAUAUUAGUCUAGGCAGAAGAGGAGGCCUUUCAGCCCAUUCCAUCUCAAGUGGAGUAAUACCAUCCAUUCCAUUCCCUGUUCUUUUCCACGCUGCUCAGCUAAUCUUUCAGUAGUAUGUAUCCAAUUCACUUUUGAUUCUUUCCUUCAACUCUCCAGAUAUCUUCAUAUCCCCAGUGCAUCAUGCCCACAAUGUUAAAUGCAUUCCCUUGGUUGUGGAACCAUUCACUAAUGGAAAUAAUUGUUGCUGUUUAUGUAAAGCAGUCACAAUCCUCUACACUUAUUAUGUUUCCUCUCCGCCUCUUUUGCUUUUAGAACAACAACCCUAGCUUCCCGAGUCAAAUUAAAUAGCUGAAAUCCCUCAUCCCUGCUUUUCUGUUGCUUCUAUAAGACCUUCACAUCCUUGUUAAAGAAUGAUCAGACUUGAGUGCAAUACUUUAGUUGUAGCCUGUACCAGUGUUUGUACGUUCCACAUAAUAUCCCUAUUUUCUUGUACUGCCUCGAUGCAUCCUAGAUCACAUAUGCACUUCCACUUGCACAGAUUUCUGUCAAUAUCCUCUGUGCAACACGCCCUUCAACUGUCGACCUCAAUUCUAAUUCUCUAUCCUCAAUACAGUUUUGUUCUGAGUGUUUUUGUGGAUAAUCAUGCCUCUGCUCAGUUUGAACGCAUUAAAGCAUAAUGGUAGCUGUGAUAGGUAGAGACGUUUUCUAACUUCUGACUGUUUUAGCACAUUGGGCUGGUUGACCAUUUGCCCACCAGGAGAGACUUGCAUUCAUUAUUGAGCCUCUACAUUUUCAAAGGGGUUUUGGAUACAUACAGGAGACAUUAAGUCGAGUUGGAAAUGACCAACAAUCCUGUUGAAUUGGUAGAACCGGCCCAGGAGGUAGAGUGCCCUCUGAUACCUGUGCAAAUAUGUACUUUGUGGCUGUUGUACUAUUUUUGCCGAUCACUGACUUAUGAACAAUAUUAUGUUUAUGCUUUAUAUAAUAAAGAUUGUCUUCAAGUCAAA